AUGACGGGAAAAGUCGUCGAUGAAUUUCCAGACAAACUGGGGUCCGCAAAAGAACUGCCUGCUGAUCAGGAGUCAGAUAACCCUCGAUCCUUACCAGCUUGGGAAAAGCCCGGGUUCAAGGGAGCCUCACUUCGUUUUUGGAGGGCGUUUCAGCGAUAUGCCUGGGACGACCCAGACAAACCAAAAGAAGAGAAAUGGUUCUUGUUCAAACUCGACAUGUUCCUGCUCACGUCCGCUUCGCUCGGAUACUUCAGUAAGAAUUUCGACGCUUCCAAUGUCAACAAUGCAUAUGUAUCCGGCAUGAAAGAGGCCUUGAGCAUGCAUGGAAGUGAGUUGACAUAUGCCUACAACUGUUACACCGCAGGAUAUGUCGUCGGCCAGAUUCCCGCUGUGAUUCUGUCAACCAGAAUUCGUCCAUCCAUUCUCCUGCCAACCUUGGAAGUCCUCUGGUCCAUUGCCACCUUCUGCUGCGCCGCCAUCCACACCUCACCUCAACUGUACGCGCUUCGUUUCUUGAUUGGUCUGUUUGAAUCCGCAUACUUCCCAAUCAUGAUAUAUCUGGUUGCAAGCUGGUAUACCAAGGAAGAGAGAGGCAAACGUACCGUCAUCUUCUAUUCCACUGGAGCCAUGGCUAUGAUGUUCAGUGGUUACCUUCAGGCUGGUGUGUACAAAAAUCUCGAUGGUAAGCGCGGACUUGAAGGAUGGCAAUGGUUGUUCAUUGUCUGUGGCGUAAUUAGCCUACCAAUCGCCUUCAUUGGAUACGUCAUGUAUCCGGAUUUCCCUGAAACUACUCGUGCUUUCUUUCUCACGGAGAAGGAGCGUCAAUUUGCACGAGACCGGUUGGUUAGGGAAGGUCUCCAGCCACUUGGUGCCGCCAAAUGGGAUCGAACAAAGUUGUUCCGCAUUGCGAAGCAGUGGCAAUUCUGGUUGCUUCCAGUAGGUUACUGGAUCGUCCAGGCAAGCACGCCUGUAUAUCAACCCGCCUUCGCCAUAUGGCUCAGGUCGGCAGGUCACUCCGUAUACCAAGCGAACGUGUGGCCAACAGGACAAAUUGCCAUUGGGCUGGUCGUACAAUUGCUAGCAGGAGCCAUCUCCGAUUCUCCCCUCCUUGGAGGUCGCCGAUGGCCGGUCUUGAUCGCUAUGCAAGUCCCCACCAUCAUUGGUUGUCUCUUGAUAGUCAUUUGGAACAUUUCGGACAGUUCGAAGUUGUUUGCAUAUUAUGUCUCUUGGGCUUGUGUCGGUACACCGGGUAUUUACUACGCUUGGUAUCCAGACCUGAUUCCGCAUGACCAUGAAAUGCGAGGAUUUGUGGUCGCCGUGUCCAACACUUUCAGUCACAUCCAGUCGAUCUGGUUCACUCUGGCUGUCUGGAGGACCGUCGAAGCUCCCAAGUUUCACAAAGCUUUCGUUGCGGCUAUGACCUUGGGGUUCGUUCUAAUCGGAUACGUCUUUGUGUUGCGCGGAUUGGAACUCCGUGACAGGCGAAUCCGACAACGGGCUCAGGAUGGAGCAAUCGACGAGGAAAGUCCCAACAGCCCGAACGAAGGAGCUGAUGUUUCUGUGGAACCUUCAAGCAAUGUUAAAGUUGCUGAAACAAAAGCAUGA